AUGUCCGCCCCCUCCGACACUCCCACGCACUCUGCCCACCCGCUAAACACUACGACUACGGCCAAUACACCGCUCAAGGGCGACGCAACUGCUGCCCACCCCCCGCAGGGCAAACCCGAUCCGACCCUCGAGUCUAACAGCAAUGCCGCCAAAGGAGGACUCGCCGCCCCCCAUGCCUCCCCCGCCGCCGAACUCGCCCGUCUUAAGAUAGACUUGAAAAAGUCGCUGAAGCAAUUCCCAGACUUUCCUGAACCAGGCAUUUUGUUUGAAGACAUACUGCCCAUCUUUGCCAACCCCACGCUCCACGAGGGGCUCAUCCGGUCGCUCGAGCUCGCCGUGACCAAGGAAUUCAGCGGCAAGCCCGAUGUCGUUGUUGGCCUCGAUGCGCGCGGAUUCUUGUUCGGCCCAAGUCUUGCGCUGAGACUGGGCGCGGCGUUUGUGCCGGUGCGCAAGAGGGGAAAGCUCCCGGGGCCGUGCGAGACGGCCGAGUACAUGAAGGAGUAUGGUAGCGAUUUCUUCCAGAUGCAGGAGGGCGUUGUGAAGAGUGGACAAAAGGUGUUGAUUGUCGAUGAUAUCAUCGCUACUGGUGGCUCAGCAUCUGCAGCCGGCUCCCUCGUGAAGAAGCUCGGCGGCUCAAUAAUGGGCUACGUAUUCAUCCUCGAGCUCGACUUCCUCAAGGGCCGCGACAAGCUCGAUGCGCCCGUAUACACGCUCCUAGCGAGUCAGGAGGAGAAGAUGGAGAGCGAGAAGUAGAGAAAUGUGUACAGGAAGACGUUGGCUUCCCCUUCUCUGAUAGAUGGAGAAAUGAUUUUGCAUGGGCAUGGCGUUGGUGGACGAGCUUUUAUUCUUCCCUCGCGAAGCACGCAGGCGAGAGCCAGACUGCGCAUUUUCAAAGCGAGCAUUCCAAUGGGAGUGUAGUAAAUCUAGAUAAAACACUGAAAAUACCCGUCGA